AUGGCCGCCUACCAGUACACCACCUCACAGAACGUUUUUUGGAGUAACACAAUACAUCGCCCCAGCCUGCACCUCGCGACGCCAUUGGCAACUCGACCAUUGGCAUCGGGAUGCUGCCAUUCCAAGCGACCCAACUCUCGCCCAGCCCACUUUCAAGCCUCCGGCACACAAGCAUGCUCACCAUCUCCACUCGAUCCCUCCCCGCGAGAAGAGCACACGCAUGUUGAAACGUUGAUAUUUGACCAUAUGUUAUGGCAACUUAUGGGUCCAUGGUACGCUGCACCCGGAGAACGCGCUUUGCUCAGGCUAGAUCCGACUGUUCGUACGGGUGGCCCACCGUCGUCUAAUCAUGCACACCGUCGGAGACCAGAGAACUAUGAGGAAGAGGACAAGCUUGGAACUGAAGAUGAAGAUGCGUGGGCGUCAUCCUCCACUUUCCGUAUGGAUUCUUCCUCUUCUUUCCCCACAGCAGCUAGCACCAGCUGGCAAUUUACAUUGGGGAUAAACUGGAAAUGGGCAAAGGGAUUGAAACGGCGAGGAAAAGCAGGAAAGGAAGAAGGGGGAACCAAACAGGAUUGGGGAACACAAGUUGAUACCACGGUUUAUCCGCCUGGCCGCUGCUGCUGGGAGAGGGAGGAGAAUGAUGUCGGUGUUAGAGAAGAGGAGAAACAUUUUGCUGGAUUAUCACAGGCUGCCGAGGAUGUCAGAAACCGCCCUACCUCCUUCGCUGGCCUCAGCUCGAUCGUUGCUCCUGUUGGAAGUCCAAAGCUACACACUAUUUUCACACCAAAGUUUGUGGUUCAUCUUGUCACCCCAUCCGAUGCCAAUCUUUGUCACCCCAAAAAGGGAACACCAUCUCGGGCCCCCGUGUCUUGCCGUCCAAGAGGAGGCCGCGACGACGACGACAUCACUACACCACCAAGCUCAAACCCCCAAACGUCCGCAUACUUUACCGAAUGGCGUCCGCUUGCGCUUAGCCCUCGGCACGAUCUUCUUUGGUAUGGAAGUGAGGCGAAAGACCGGUUCAUCAGGCUGAGAAAGUGGGAGCUCAUUCUCUCCCAUCCUUUGACUCAGUCCCCUUCAACUCAUCUUCGACCCACCACUCCUCCAGCACCUCGCAGCACAGCACAACCCCCAAGUUUCCAAAGGAUGUACGAGACCGCCCUACCUCCCUCGCUGGAAUGA